AUGAGGUUUAAAAGAGGGAGUAGAGUGGAAGUAAUGAAAAAAAAUGAGGUGCCAUUCUCGUGGCGUUGUGCUAAAAUUAUGUCUGGUGAUGGGCAUACUUACAAUGUGAGGUAUGAUUGUCAUCCAGACAUGACAAGCGAGCAAGUUGAAGAGAGGGUGUCUAGGAAGGCUAUUAGGCCCUGCCCUCCUCUUAUGGAAGGUGUGGAGAGUUGGAUGGCUGGUGAUGUUGUGGAAAUAUUUGAUCAAAGUUCAUGGAGAAUUGCAACAGUCUUGAAGGAUUUGGAUGGACACUAUUAUCUUGUAAGGCUGCUUGGAUCUUCAAAGGAAUUCAGGGUCCACCAAUCAAACAUCAGGGUGAGACAGUCCUGGCAAGAUGACAAAUGGGUUGUGAUGGGAAAGGGUUCUGCAAAUUGGGGAGAUGUCAAAUCUAAGAAGCUGUUAACCACCAAUUGUUAUCGGAAGGCAAGCUUUCAGGUGCCCCUAUCUAAUGCCAAGAUUACACAGCCAGCAGGACAUGAAUGUAGGGAUGCUGGAUUACAGGACUCUCAUAUGGUCUCUUCAAGGACACUGAAGAGAGCAUCCCCGUAUUACUCAUCUACUCUUGAGGCAUACCCUGGAAACUUCCACAAAAUAAGAGGAAUUGAGAAGGAAGGUACGAGGGCCCCAUUAGUGGAAAAGGUAGAUGCUGUUGCUUACCCAAAAGAAAAUUUGGGUGAAAAAUACAUGCAUUCUUUCUUUAUCAAUAAGUCAAAUGGAUAUUAUGAACUGGAGAGAGGAAAACUAAAUGGCGUCGUUGGUUGUUCUCUUGCAAAAAGCUCAGACCCUGAUGAUUCUGAUAGUGAUGAAUGCUCAGUUGGUAGUUGUAGUGUUACUAGUAAGAGUCCAAUUAAGUUUCGUGGUCGUUUUGUACCAAUUCCUUGUCGAGAGACAGUUACCCUUUGUAGUGAUGCAGAAUCUUCUUGUAAUUUAGGGGGUGAAGACGAAAAUUGUCUUCUUCCUCCGAAAGAGGAAGUCGCAGAAAGUAUCCAUAGGUUAGAGUUGCAUGCUUAUCGCUGCACUCUGGAGGCAUUUUAUGCUUCUGGCCCCUUAAGUUGGGAAAAGGAAGAAUUAUUGACAAAUCUGCGUAUUACUCUCUAUAUUUCAAAUGAUGAACAUUUGAAGGAGUUGAGAGACCUAAUUUCUGCUGGAACUGGCUUUCAUAUUAGUUGACAGUCAGUAGAAUAGUUUCUUCUUUUCUUUAUAUGUAUAGGUCUUUGUCUUUGUCCAGAUAAUGCCUAAAAAGCAAGAUGACGUGUUACAUUUUGUAGCUUCUGUCUUUUUUUUUAUUAACCUUCAAUUGUGUAGACAGCUGGCUUCUGUAACUUUGAGAUCAUGUAUCAAAACUUUUGCAAGAAAUAAAUAUAUCC